CUUUUUUAGCAUUCUCGGACGUGGCAUGCACAUGCUUCUCAGCUUCUUCCAAAUGGCCUUUUCAUCUUCUUCACUUUCUUCCUCUUGCAUUGCGAUUUUUUAGAUUCUUCUUCUGCACUCACCGUCUCCCUCUCUCUCUCUCUCUCUCUCUCUCUCUCAUCAAUCGAGUUUCCUUCUUGAACUUGAUAAUCAAAGAGGUUGAUAAAUUCGAAUUUCCUGGUGAAUGAAAAAUGUUCGACACGUUGUUGAAGCCGAAAUUCUAUUCAAAAUGCAAAUCGUGCGUGAAGUUGACAAAGACGAGGCUCGACGCGAUUCGGAAGAAAAGGAAUGCGGUGCAGAAAUUUCUCAAGAAAGAUAUUGCUGAGCUUCUCAGGAAUGGCCUUGAUUACAAUGCAUAUGGAAGGGCUGAAGGGCUUCUUGUUGAGCAAAACAUGUCUGCUUGCUAUGAACUCAUUGCGAAGUUUGUUGGAUGCAUAUCGGAUCAUGUUCGAUACCUUUGUAAGCACAAGGAUUGCCCUGAUGAAUGCAAGGAAGCUAUACCAUCACUGGUUUAUGCUGCAGCAAGGUUUUCUGAUCUGCCGGAGCUACGCGACAUGAGAACAUUGUUUGCAGAGAAAUUUGGGAAUUCUCUUGAACCUUAUAUCAGUAAAGAGUUUGUAGAGAAGUUGAGGCAAGAUCCUCCUUCCAAAGAAAUGAAAAUCCGGUUGUUGCAUGAUGUCGCGCAAGAGUUCUCUAUAGAAUGGGAUAGAAAGGCUUUGGAGCAGAGACUUUACUCACCCCCUUUGUUACAUGAAGAGAAGCCUGAACAUGAUCCACAAAAUGAUUAUGGUGAUGAAAAAUGGAACCGGAACAAUGACUUUGCCACCCCUACAUUAGAAGACACGGAUUGUGGGGUCAAACGGAGAGAUGGAAGAGACUUUCAUACAUCUGAAGGAAUUGAAAGAGACACCCCAGCUCCAAGGAGGAAGGGUAUGAGUGACUCAUGGAGGAUGCAAAGCAGCAGAAAUGAAGAAAGAACUACUGACAAUUCACCUCAGGAUGGCUCAAAAGCUUGUUCCAGUUCAUUACAAGGUGUUGUAUCUGAGGAUGGAGUAGAAGAAGUUAAGAGGCCAUUUUCCUAUGGGCUCGUGCCACCUCCUUAUGUCAAAGAAAAUUCUGACAAAAGUGAAAGCAACUUGAAGAAAACAACAUCUGAAACUCCUCUACCAGAAAAGGAGUCAUCAAAUCAUGAUCUUCAUGAACCAGUUGUUCCGAAAAAGCCAGUACCAAAAUCAGUCAGGAGAAGACCUCUCAAAAAACCACCUGAGAUUGAGAAUGAUGGUGAUUCAAAGGAUGCAGAAAAGAAACAAUCUCCUUAUGAAUCAGGCAUAGGAAAAGCAUGUACAGAAAGUUAUCCUUUCCAACAAAACAGAAUGCAUAAAGAUUCAAACUUUGUGAGAGGGACAUCUCUUCCUCCUUUUGAAGGCACAAGUUCUUCUUCAAAGGAAACAUUAAGGUGGCAUGGAAGGGCUGCUUCCUUAGGACCAGAAAUGUUAAGGACAGUGGGGCAUGUGCAUCCUAGUUUACCAGAAUAUGAUGACUUGGCAGCUCGUCUUGCAGCUCUCAGGGGAAGAUAAUUGGAGCAACUUACCAGAAUGAUACUCUUCAUGAUUCAUUUUUAGUUAGCAUGUAUAAUAUGACAAUUGAUUCUUUUCAUUCAAUUUUAUUUCUAUCUGAAAGUCAAAUCAGUAUAUGGAUGAUGGUCUUGAGUUGUGAAAAAACCACUACAGAUGGGUGCAGUCAUUGACUCAAUGACUUGGAUCUUUUGAGUUGUAUGUAAGAUCUUUUACAAUUUGAAACUCUGAAGGGUUUUAAUCCUUGAAACCACAUAGUGUAGCUGUAUUGAUAUGACAUUGUGUAAUCACUCCAUCGAGUUGGACUACGUUUUGAACAUAUGAACUUUUGGACUAGAUGCUAAAUGCAAGGAUCAAAAUUUUGUUAAAUGUAACACAGGUCGGA